AUGGAGACUCGCAAGCGAGCUCUGGCGAGUACCCAAGCCCACGAGUUGGAUUUCCCAGAGACGAGUGAUCCCGGACAAUCUUCGCAUGAGAAAAGUCGGACGCAAAUGGUCGAGGUCCCGGAACAUCUGCAGCAUCUCGUAAGUAUCUGUCUGUCAUCGUGGUUGUCCCGACGGAACAGAUGCUGACUUCCGACGAAAGACCUAUGGCACCACCAUGAGCACCAUCGGCGACCUGGUCAGCAAGGUCCCCAAUACCCAGAUAGCCUGGAGUCCGCAGAUUUCUGCUCUCGUUGGAGACUGGGCGAAGGAGAAGCAAUUCACCAAGACUCGCCCUCCGACCAGUAAGAGACACAGCAUGUUCCGAUUCUCCUGUCCUUACUAACAACCAUUCAAGGCGAUGACUUGUUCGAACUCCUCCAAAUGCCAAUUCUCAAUAGCCUUACUUCUCCAGAGGGAUGGGCGAUCAGUGGCUGGCGCACGAUUGACACGAUUGUCCUGGGUCGUGUGCUUGCCAAGAUUGAACGUUCGCUAAGCACCAAAUCCAACAGCUUCACCUGGCCGAAACAAGUCAAGGAUGACAUUGUGGAGCAAGCACUGAAUACCAUCAACGACUACGGUUCAUUUGGUAGGGCCGAUGGUGGAGGGCCAGCUGGACCUGGAGACAGCAACGAGGGAGCGGAAACAGAAGAGGCCGGCGAACAAGACGAUGUCACCGUCGAAGGCUCGGACGACUUCGGAGUCUCGCAGCUCGGAUCUAUCAUGUCUCCCAUGCAGCCAACACCUCAGCAGCGCAGCGCCCAUGAACGCUCCUUGUUGCCGUCCCUCAAACUCGACACGGAUGGGUUCGACUCGGCACGAUUCUGGCCGAAGUCUUCAGGCAUUCCUGUGGCGAGGAAGGUGGAGUCGAAGGAGACUACGACCAAGCCCAACGAUGAGCUAGUCCAGCGUCCUGGGCGAAGCCGGUCGCUCAGCAUGCCGAGGCUGAAGACCCCGUUGCCAAAGCCGAAGCCGAGCCAGGAGCCGGCUGGGCGACCAGGAGCCAAGAGAGAGAACCAACCACCGCAACCGGAGAAGCCACAACCGCAGCCAGGAAAACCCAUGGAUCCUCCCAACGAGGCUGCUUCAAGUCAGCAAGAGAAUACAAAGCCAAGCGUGGGGUUGGCCAUGUGGUGGGGGAGAGCCAUGCACCCGAAGGCUGCUGCUCUCGAGGAGAACGCACCACCAGCUCAACAAUUCCCUCCAUCAGCAGUCGAGGUGAGAGGUCCUUCGACGUCCGCAGGAAAUACCACCUCUACGAAUGCGCCGGUCCAGAAUCCCGUCUCCCGCAUUCCGAAGCCAUUCACGAGACCGUACACGAAGAGUCUCUUUGACAGGCGAGUUCCGAGCCAAAGCCCACGACAAGAGCCACUGGCUCAGCCACAGGUCACUCGGGGAUUCCGCCAGGCCCAUCGCGCUCCAGUCCCAGUUCCAAAGCUUCCUCGUCGCCGCGGCCGGUACGAGGUGGAGUACUUGGAGAUACCCCACAUGAGCUGGGUGAUGGCUGCCGACGCUUCGGAGAUGACAGACUGGCAGCUGGAAGACCAUUAUCGUGCGCUCCAAGACUUAAUGGCGGAGCUCAAGACUCUGGAGGAGCGUGCUGAGCGAGCGCUGCUUUAG